AUGAUAAUGGAAAGUUUAAUUCUCGGGCCGUGCCCGCCCUAAUACCCACUGGACUCGUAGUCAGCGCUGCUGCGAUCACGGGCCGUGCCCGCUCUAUUAACCCUGGACUCGUAGUCCGCGCUGCUGCGAUCGCUGGCCGUGCCCGCUCUAUUAACCCUGGACUCGUAGUCCGCGCUGCUGCGAUCGCGGGCCGUGCCCGCUCUAUUAACCCUGGACUCGUAGUCCGCGCUGCUGCGAUCGCGGGCCGUGCCCGCUCUAAUAACCACUGGACUCGUAGUCCGCGCUGCUGCGAUCGCGGGCCGUGCCCGCUCUAAUAACCACUGGACUCGUAGUCCGCGCUGCUGCGAUCGCGGGCAGUGCCCGCUCUAAAUACCCACUGGACUCGUAGUCCGCGCUGCUGCAGUCGCGAGCCGUGCUCGCUCUUAUACCCUCACCCAUCUUGUUCGGGAUACCUGAUGUUUGAGUAAGUAAUUUAUGUACAUAUAUAUAUAUUUAUUUAUAUAUCUAUUUAAUAUAUCUAUUUAAUUGCAAACAACUGGAGGCGGUUGUAAGAUUUUUAUACAGACGUCAAAUGAAUAUACUGUUAUAACGUACUGCCACGACAGCUCGCGCUCGCUCAAAUAUCCUACUCCUUAUGCUCCUAGAUAUCAACACGGGCCGUGCCCGUUCCUAUGCUCAUAGACUCAUAGUCUGAGUUUUUUCUGCACAGCGGGCCGUGCCCGCUCUCAUUCCCUUUGGACUCGUAGUCCGCGUUUUGCUACGACGGCGUCCAAAAGUUGUGCCCCUCAAAGGCUUAAUGUAUUGUUAGUCCGCAGUGUUUUCUCAUGCUGAUCACGUCAACGUUACGCUUAUCAUACGCUUCUACAAUAGCCUCAAGCAGUGUAUACAAGUACUUUGUAUACAACGAACCUAAUAAAUGUAUGCUAUCAAAACAUGAGCGCAACUGUAAUACACACGUACUCAGCAAAUAACACUUUAAUCUUGAACGCCUUAUUCAAGCUUGUUUAUAACUGUUUUCCUUCCAGAAUACGUGAACCAGGUAAAGGAUCCUCCUGUGGGUAAUUAUAUCUUUUUAUAUUUUUGGGGAUAGGCUCCGCCCCCGCCGUACAAGUACGGCAGGAUCUGCGAGGUUCCAGACGCUGCGGACCUGGGCUUCGACGGGGCUUUCGCCAAAGACUCUAUAUACACUAUAUUCACUAUUACUAAUUGUCAUACGUGUUUAUUGGGAUUAAAUCUUUCUUGCUGCACUUUGUUUCUAGAGUUUUCCUGCUAGAACUGAAAGCUCCGCGUAGGUUCUAGCGGGAAACUCGAAAUCACGCCACUUUUCUCAGCCAAUCACCAACUCCCACCUGUCCUUAAAAGACCUCCCUCAUACCUGUUCUCCCCUGCUUGCAGACGCUGACAUACGUUUUCACCCUCCUCCUUCCCCACCGCCUCCAGUUCGGUCCCGCCGGUUGCCCAGGGGAUAGGCUCCGCCCCCGCCGUACAAGUACGGCAGGAUCUGCGAGGUUCCAGACGCUGCGGACCUGGGCUUCGACGGGGCUUUCGCCAAAGACUCUAUAUACACUAUAUUCACUAUUACUAAUUGUCAUACGUGUUUAUUGGGAUUAAAUCUUUCUUGCUGCACUUUGUUUCUAGAGUUUUCCUGCUAGAACUGGUUUUUAUUUGGCACACCGAGCCCUUUCUGAGGACUGUGCGGUACCAAAAUCCAGGAGUAUAAAAACAGAGAGUCAGCUCCUGUCAAGUCACAGAAGUAGCUGGUUGGAGACUCCAGUUGAGACUGUUUCAGCGCUGGGACUGGGUCUAACUCCAGACUGGAAAACUUCAGAAACGCUGUUGUUCUGGAGACACCACAUCAGCUCAAACCUUCUAAGAACAGCUGGAAAACUACUGGCCAUCUUCAGCAUCAGCUCCCCUGCAUCUUUAGGAACCCUGUUCUUUUAGCUGCUGCAAAACUCAUUUAUCCACUUCAAGAUGUGGCUGCUGGCGUUUCUGGUGUGGUUCCUGAGCUGGGCAGGUGGAAUGUACUGGUAUUUGUGUGGCAGACCGAGCCCUUUCUCAGAGGACUGUGUAAAACCUGCAGGACCAAUGGAGCUUAACCAGAAGAAAAGAGACAAGGUUCUGAAGCAAGGCUUCGCCAAGCAGAAAGUGCCCAAGGAUUUGGAUGCAAUCGUGAUUGGCAGUGGUGUCGGUGGAAUGACGGCAGCGGCUACAAUUGCCAAAACUGGCAAGAAAGUCCUUGUGCUGGAGCAACACGACCAGGCUGGAGGCUGCUGCCACACCUUUAUUGAUAAAGGUUUUGAGUUUGAUGUUGGGCUUCAUUACGUCGGUCAGCUGCAUGAGAACAGUCUGUUUAAGAUCAUUUUUGACCAGAUCACUGAAGGCCAGCUGGAGUUUGCAGAGCUCGACCAGCAUUUUGACACGGUUGUGAUUGGCACAGGAAAGGAAACUAGGGAAUACACUAUCUGCUCGGGCAAAACUGAAAUGGAGGAACAUCUUAAAAAGCAGUUUCCUGAUGACACCGAAGCCAUUGAGGAAUUCUUUAAGAUCAUGAAGUUGUCAGCCAGGAAGACUCCCUACUUGGCUGCACUGAAGCUGGUUCCAGAGUGGCUGGCCCUAUUCCUGGUGAGCAGUGGUCUUGCCAACCUCUAUUCCUCUGCCUUCCGGCUGUUAAGCAUGAAUGCUACAGAUCUGGUCGAGAAACUGACCUCCAACAAGGACCUCCAAGUGAUCUUUGCAUACUACUUCUAUGGUACUCCUCCAAGAGACUCCAGCAGCCUGAUCAACGCCCUGAUGCUGCAUCACUUCAAGCGUGGAGCAUACUACCCAAAAGGUGGUGCUAGUGAGAUCCCAUACCACAUCACUAAGGUCAUCCAGAAGUACGGAGGAAAUGUUCUGGUUCGUGCUCCUGUCAGUCGAAUCCUGGUGGACAGUCAAGGAGCUGCAUAUGGCGUUGCUGUCAAAAAAGGUAAAGAAGAAAUUGAAGUUCGGGCUCCUGUUGUCAUCUCCAACUGUGGCAUCUUUAACACCUUCAAGAGACUCCUGCCCCCAGAGAUACAAGUCAAACCAGAAAUCCAGAAACGUCUGGAUAUGGUAAGACCUGGAAAAGGAUCCCUUUUGCUCUUCUCUGGAUUUGACGGCACAGCAGAAGAGCUGGGCAUCAGUGCAGUCAGCCGAUGGGUCUUUAAGAAUAACGACAUGGAUGCCAUGAUGGACGAUUUCUUCAGCUUGGGAAAGGAAGAGGCUCCAGAAAACAUUCCCAUGAUGUUUGUGACUUUCCCUUCCCCCAAAGACCCCAUGUCACAGAUUCGUCAUCCAGGUAAAUCCUGCAUGACUAUUCUGACUAUGGUCAAUUACGAGUGGUUUGAGGAGUGGAAGGACACUCCAGUGAAAAGGCGAGGAGCUGACUAUGUAGAAUACAAGAACAGAUUUGCCAAACAUCUCUUUGACUGGGCCUGUGUCUUAUACCCUAAACUCAGAGAAAAGCUGGUCUUCCAGGAUGUAGCUACUCCGCUGACCAACAAUUUCUACCUCGGGUCGUACCGUGGAGCCAUUUACUCAACUGAUCACAACUUGGAUCGCUAUCACAUGGAUAUAAUGGCCAAGAACCGCUGUGAAACGCCUGUCAAAAAUCUCUAUGUAUCAGGUCAGGACAUGUUUAGCUGUGGGAUUAUUGGUGCACUACACGGUGGGCUCAUGUGUGCCUCUAGAGUGCUUGGACGCAUGGUUUACAUCGACCUCUUGGUGCUUAAGAAGAAGCUGAAGAAGAGGAAGGCUUUGGAACUGGCUGCACUGGCUGAGAAGAGGCUGCAGUGAGACUAUACCUCAGUGGGUCACCAAGCCUUUGUUAUGUUUUUGCUUCAGAGAGUCUGGGAAAAUAAAAGGGGUACAACUAACUUGUUAAUUAGUCAAUGUUCUACCUUUACAAGACAUGUGUAAUAUGUAUAUAAAAAUAUUUGUAUAUAUAUUGUAUUCACAUUGUUGUAUUUUUCUAAGCAUAUAAAGCAGCAAAUACUGUUCUUGAUCAUAUUAUAUUCUGAAUGAAGGUUAAUUUCUAGGGCUGUGGUCAAGAGAAGUAAAUAUGUACAGACAGAACCAGCAUGUUGUUUGAAAAUGACAAUGUUUGAUAAUGAAAUGUGGAUGAAGAGUUAAACAGCAAGUGAAGUUAUUCUGUUGAAGCGGUACAAAUGGGAAAGAGUAAAAAUUUUAAAUGUUUUCACAAGAACCAUAUGUGUGAUUGCUUGAGCACUGGGUCAGAACAUUUCCAAAACAUCAGGCAGGUCCUGUGGAAUGUUCCUGAUAUGCAGUGUUCAGUAUCUACCAAAGUAAUCCAGGGAAAUCGAUACCACAAGACAUUUUUGCAGAGAUUGUGUGGAGUACGUGCCUUGAUGGAACAGAGAUGCUUCAGUGGCAUGAGAAAAUGUACAUAAUAUUUGGCUGAUAUUUUUAAUGUUAUGUCUGAAUUGUGUGUGUGGAUUCUUUUGUGUAUAUUGUAUUGAAUCUAUUGUAUUGAAUAAACUGUGAAUUAAAUCCA